CGCGCGCGACACCCCUCCUCGGCUUCCGCCAUUCGGCCCACCACCAAUUCGGCCCAUCACCCAUCCGGCCCAGAAUGGUGGCCUUGUGGGCCGCCCAGGUGACGCGCUGUCGCUGUCUCGAGAAGCGAGGCGCAUUCUAGAGGCUUCCGGAGAUGGAACCGAAGCUUCUCCGGUCUUCCUCGCCUUCUUCUUCUCCACUCGUCCACUCCUCUCUCGACGAGCCCCGUAUAAAUCUCCCGCCAUUUCGCUUCCCCCCUUCGCUGCGAUGCGAGAAUUAACCUUCGAGUGCACCGGGAUUAAGUGGCGAGAUUAGCGACGUGGUGAUUGAUUAGUGGAGCAGGAUAUGGUGGUGCUCGUGGAGUCCCCCGGCGGCGGCGUGACGCUGAAGAGGAAGGGCGGGGAGGAGCCUGAGCUGUUCAUUUGCCCCGGCGACGUCGACGGCGGGCUCCCGCUCGCUUGCCGCGCGACCAAGAUGAGGCGGCUGGUGCGCGAUGACGACGCGGCGGCGGCGGACGACGUGGCGAUGGGCGAGGCGCCGUCGGCGGCGGAGGUGGCGGCGGUAGGUGAAGGGGCUAUGGUGGUGUACGAGCCGGUCGAAUCUGUGGGAGGCGUCGGCCUCCUCGGCCAGCUGCGGCGGCGGCUCCGGCCGUGGGCCAGCCUCCGCGCUGGCGCCGAGUGGAUCCGGGACAUGCUGCGGGAGGCGGACAGCCGGACGGUGCGGCGGCUGUUGUCCGGCGCCGAAGAAGAAGAAGAGGAUGGCGCCGGCAUGGCCCUUGUCCCGUGGGGCUCCGCGCCGGCAGCGGCGGGGGAUUCGAUGGCGGAGGAUACUGUGGGCGUCUCGUCGUCGUCGGAGGAGGAGGAGGAGGAGGACGGCGAGGGCUCAGCGGAGGCGAUGGAGGUCGAGGAAGAGGGCGCGCAUCUCGCCGGCGCCGGUGCCGCGGCCGGCUGCGGCGAGGGGUACCUGUUCCGGCGGUGGCCGCAGCACUGCAUGCCGCCGCCGCAGCAGCAGCUGCCGGCGAUCGGGCAGGCGAGCCCGGUGAUGUGGUGGUGAAAUUGGGAAAUCUUUUCACCCCGUGUACUCUGUUGCUGUACUGUAGAAAUCAGUUUUCAACUGAAAUAGAGAUGAAUUUGGAUCAGAUUCAAGAGAAUUGUUUGAAUUCAGUACUAGGAAAACGUA